AUGACCUCGCGAGAAGAUAGUGUCCUGGCCGCCAGAGACUCGUCUCUCUUCGACGAGAACGACUGGGAGGAGUUCAGCCUGUCGGAGGUGCGCGUCCUGGUUCCGGGCAAAUCCCGCUAUGCGAAUCUGUUGACGGCCUCGCCGGACAAUCCGGUCCAGGUGACGGGGUGUUUGGAUGAGGUGGAAGAGGAGCAGGAGAGUUUGGUCCUCGACCCAGAAUACCUAAGCAAACGCAUUGUCCUUGAUAACGUGACGCAUUUCGCCUACGGGCAGCAUAAUGAUGGCGAGGUUGGGUUCUGGGUUGCUGGGCGGGCGGGCUGGUUUUCCAUUUCCCCCGCUAAGGGAUACAAGCCGAUGUUUAAUGAUGUGGUGGAGGCCAUUGAUUUGUUGUAUUUCUUGGCCGAUCGACAUCAGUCGAAGCGGAAAAGAAGGAAUUGGAACCCUAGUGUGGAGUAUUUAUGUGAAGAGUAUGUGAGCCAUACGCACGGCAUCUGCGAGGAUGCGGAUGAUUCCGCGGAGGUGUUUUAUAAACAUCAUCAUUUUCUCUUAUCGCGGAUGCUGAAGGGAGAGGAGAAUCCCCAGUGGACGAGUACUAAUAUUUUUGAGCAUCUGUGUGAGAAGUUUUCGGACGAUUACGAGCAAAUUAAAGCGCAGUAUGAAGGGGUGAAGGAAGUCGAGUCGGAGGAGGAGGCCGAAGCCCAAGAAGAGGAGGAGGCAGAGGAGAAAGAGGAAGAGACAUCCCAUGAAUCUGAUCAAACUGGGUUGUCCAAGGGCCAGGCGGAUGCCAUCUACCAGGUGAUUCUUGAUCUGAAGGAAGCAGGAUACCUGGCCAAGCGUCAACUGACUCUCGAGCUCCUCACCUCUACUCUGGUUGAUCGCUUCGAGAUCGAUAGUGCCGAGUAUGCACACGACCUGGUUGCCUCGCGGGCCGAUGCCAUUCUCGAACUGAUGGACGAAGCAAAGACGUACAACUUUGACUGGUCCCGCAAGGUCGUCUAUCGAGAGCUGAAAGCGGCAGGUAGGAAGAGUCGAGUUCAGCAAGUCACUCUUACCCCGCUUCGGCCUCGUCCGUCUGAAAAUGACGGUUCAUCUGGGGAAGAGAGCGAGCAUGAAGACCAUCCCCGCCUGCUCAGACGUCGGGUCCGCAAGUCCGUUCUGCGGCCGAAGAGCUCCGUUGCUACCAAACAGACUGGCAAACGGACGCGGAGCGCGGCUGCUGAUAUGGACGAUGACUCGGACGAGAACGCUGAUGCAAUGGAUGAGUUUGAGACCCCAAGCAAGGUCCGCGGCCAUGAUCUCGUUCGUGAUCCCUUGUCAACUCGCGCAAAGCGCCGGACUCGGUCAAUCCUAUCCGAGUCGGUUUCUACGUAUCAGAAGACGCCUUUACAGGAGACUCUUCAAAGCCGGAAUACGUCUGUCUCUGUGGCGGAUCACGAUACCAAUGCGGACGCCUCCGAGCUGGAAAUCCCUCAUGGCGAUGGCGUGUUACCGGACACCUGGGUAUGUCAGGUCCGCGGCUGCGAAAAGGUCAUCCAUAAGAGCAAUUCCAAACGAGGCAAGGAGAUGAUCCAGGAUCAUUCUUUGGCGCAUGCGGACGAUACCAAGGCCAAGAUUGAUCUGGUGUUUGCCGAGCAGAAGCUCAACAUUGGACUCCCGGUGGAUAACCUCCUCACCCGCAUCCGAGAGAUGGGCGCGUUCGAUGCGGAGCUUCCCGUGGAUGCAGCUAAUGGAACGAAUGGCAUUAGUACUUGA